CAUCCAGCUGUCAAAAAAAAAAGACGUGCAUCCAAACUCCAAACCCAUGCAUUUGCCGCCGGCUUCCCCGUCCUCCAUCGCCACCGCCCUCCACCCUCCACGCUGCCGGCGUCGGCUUCCCGCUACCAUAUGUGGACGGGCUCCCCGUACUCCUGCGCCCGCCUCGAGCACCUCCUCCAGAACCACUUCUCCUGUCCUCGCCGACUCCUCCAGGUCCACGCCCUCCUCCUCACCUCCGGCGCGUUCUCCGCCUCCCACGCCCCCGCCGCCGCCUUUCCAUACAACUGCCUCAUCCACGCCCACCUCCGCCUCUCCUCCACAUCUUCUCCGCCAGGCGCCCCGCUCCGCCUCUUCUCAGCCAUGCUCGCCGCCGGCGCGCACCCCAACGGCCACACGUUCCCUUCCCUCCUCAGGUCCGCCUCCGCCUCCGGCGCAACCACCACGGCCCUCCACGCGCAGUGCCUCCGCCGGGGCCUCGCGGCCGACCGCUUCGUCGCCUGCUCGCUCGUCAGAUCCUAUGGCCGAGCUGGCGAUCUCCCGUGUGACGCAGGCAAGGUGUUCGAUGAAAUGAGGAGUCCCGAUCUGGCCUCCUGUAAUGCCAUGCUUGACGUGCUGUUCCUUGCCAGGGAUCUGGCCACGGCUAGAGACUUCUUUGAGCGGAUGGCGGUGAGGGAUGUGGUGUCGUGGACCACGCUAAUCUCUGGUUUAUCGAGGAAUGGGUGCCACUGGGAUGCUGUGGAGGCUUUUAGGGGAUUGUUGGUGCACAAUAAGGGAUGGCUCGGGGAGGCUACGUUGGUCAGCGUGCUCUCUGCUUGUGCUAACUUGGAUGGCGCUGAGGGGCUUGUGGUGGGGAUGGCUGUGCAUGCUUAUGUUGUUCGGCAUCAGGUUGACCUCACAGCUUUCUUGGGCACGGCACUGGUUGACACUUAUGGAAAGUACGGGAAGAUGGACUGUUGUAAGAGAGCUUUUCAGGCCGUACUGGAGAAGGAGGUAUGUACGUGGAAUGCACUGCUGUCUGCAUUGGCUAACCAUGGGAAGGAAACUGAAACGUUGGUUAAGUUUAACAUGAUGAUUGUUGGAGGGUUCUUGCCGAAUCAGAUUACAUUUCUUUCUAUACUGACAGGUUGUGCUAGAGCAGGAUUGGUGGAGAUUGGGUUAUACUGGUUUGAGGCGAUGGUCACUGAAUACAAGGUGACUCCGGUGAUGAGCCAUUAUGGAUGUGUUGUGGACCUCUUAGGACGUGCUGGCCGUUUCAUUGAGGCCAUUGAGAUUAUAGAGAGGAUGCCAUUUCCCCCUGAUGCUUCUGUAUGGGGUGCACUUCUUGGUGCUUGCAAGCUCCAUGGAAAUGUAGAGCUUGUUGCUGAGAUUGAGCGGAAACUAGUGGCUCUUGGUCCUCAGCAAUCCGAUCGGUAUGUGGCUAUUAGGAAUAUUUAUCUAGAAGAUGGGAACUGGUAUGCUGCUAUAAGAAUGGGCCAGAUGAUGCAUGAGGCUGGAAUCAAGAAGACAGCUGGGCAAAGUAGUGUUGUUUUUCACAGCACUGCCAUUCCUUGACUGCAGUUUGUUUGUUGAAAAUAGUGCUCUUCUGGAACUACCAAUUGUUUCUUAUGACUCAUUCCUGUGGGAAAAACUAAACCAAAAGAGGAACAUCAUGUGCAAGCUCAUAGCUAUGAUUUGACAAAAUGAAGAAUAAGACAUCUAUUCAAUGAACCAGAAUCUUCAAAGCUCACGUUGCUCCUCUCCAUCAUCGUAUACUUACUCCCUGCUGCAGCCUGGGUAAAUAAGUAAAGCAUAUAGAUUACCUGAAGCAUUCUUGUCAUGGCGCUUCCACCGGGAAGCUGAUUCCUGUAAAAGGGGAACCCGGCGAUCCAGAUGAGCAUCCCCAGGAGCACGCAGAGAGCGCAGACGGCGAAGCCGAUAUCCCAUCCUUGCUUGUUCUCGACCCAGACGAUGAGUACGAGGCCGAGGAAGCCGCCGGAGGAGACGGCAAAGGUGUACCAGUUGAAGAAGCUCGUCUCCUGCCGCUGCUCCGCAGGGUCGGCCGUGUCGAACUGGUCGCCGCCCAGAGCCGGCAGGCAGGCCCGUGCGGCGCCAUUGCCGAUAGGGAUCAGGUAGAGGCCCAGGAGGAGCAGGCUCAGGUUGGACCCAUGGACUGGCUCGCAGGUUGCGGCGCUGGUGGUCCCGGCGGCACGGCGGUGGGUGCAGCGAUGGGACGUGUGCUUGGAUUGUUAGCAGGAUAUAGCCCUGCAGAUUUAACACCGUCUUCAUCAGACAUUCAGACUCUUCUUACGUUGCAGGCUGCUUAGUAUAUUAAAGCGUUGGCAACCUCUUUGCCCCAAGAAGAACAUAGAGAUCCUGGAUCGCUGCAUCAUGUUGAUGGACACCAAAGCGAGAGAAAUCCCCAGAACUACUUUGUUGGGCCCUGGGACGCCUCAGGCAUCGGACAUGAGGACACCGCUGCGCCAUAUUGCUUUCUCUGGUUAGGUGGCUUUUAUCUGUUCCCGUUGCCAGAAAUUUUUCAGCUUGUAAGCUGUGCUAUCUUUUACUUCUACAGGCUGGUUAGACCAUGUAGGCUUUCAGUUCUGUAAUGAUCCUACUUGCGCUACUCCUGUGAACAUGGUUUCAUUGAUAAAUUGAACCAGGCGAAAAGCCUGUGAAUCUAAAAAUAAAA